AUGGAGAACGGUGAGCCAACUCAGAGCAGCUUCGAUGUUGACCUAGCAGACAAAAUCAGAGUGCUACCAGGAGCAAGUCCUACCGCAUGUUCAUUUCAGAUCGAAAAGGAAGACCAUACACUGGGCAACGCAUUGCGCUUCUUCAUCAUGAAAAAUCCUGACGUCGAGUUCUGCGGCUACACAAUCCCCCAUCCUUCGGAAACAAAGAUGCACCUCCGCAUCCAGACUUGGGAAGAUACGGGAACCACCGCCUUCGAAGCGCUUCGCAAGGGCUGUGAUGAUCUGAUUGAUUUCUGCGAGGCAACAAGUUUCACUUUCACUGAAGCUUUGGAGGAAUUUGAAGCCGAGCAAGGAGAGCAGUAA